CGUCUAUACACGCACCUUACAUUUUCUCGCGUUCAUAUGCUUCAGUUCCUCGUUUGCACCGGGAUGCGCGACUGAGUACAAUCAUUUGUCGCUCCCUCAGAUCUGCGUGCCUAGGCACAGCUCUCCAGAGUAGAGCAUCUCGAUUGUCAAUAUGGCGACAAGCAAGGAAACUGGAGCACUUAUCACAGGUGCUCUGGGACUCUCCAUUGUCGCUGCGAGCACAGCACCAGCUCUUAUCAGCAUUGCGACUCGUUUCUCGCCAAAAGCUCGUCGUCGCGCAUCGGAGGCUGUAGAAAUUCUCUAUGAAGAUCAAGAUGGAGCUGCUACACCAGAGUCGGUCCAAGCUUUCACAGAUAAACUGCAGAGAGCGUCCAUCGCCGCUCUCACUGUCAUUGGCUUCUUCACCUCACUGGCUAUCGCAAUGCUCACGACUAGAAAAGGGCCUGAGUCGUAUCUAAUUGAGGCAUGGCUCCAGGUUGGAAUAUGGGGAUUUCAUACAAUCCAUGCGAUUGCACUCUUUGUUGAGCCUUGUCCGAAAAAGCGCUUCUCACUAGGCGGUCAUGCAUUUAUUGCCAGUAUCAUCACCAUUGCAAUACCAUGUAUAGAAGCUGUCUUACUGUGGUCUCACGGUCCUCAUGAACUGCGCGACAAGGAAUUCAUAGCACUGUUCUGCACAUAUAUUGCUGUUGCGCUCAUCAGGGCUCUCCUUACUGUCAGCUUGCCUCGACGUCCUGAUGUCUUCAGAAAUGGGAAGAUUGUCGACAGGGAGCAUACUACCUCAAUUAUCGGCAGAUACGCGUUCUUCUGGGUCGACUCCAUCCUGGCAUUCGCUAUCAAGAACAGAGGUCUCUCCAUUAGCGACCUGCAUGAGCUGAACUCCGAGAUACGAUCAAGAAGUCUGCGCGAGAAGCUCGAGAAAGCGAAGGGAUCCCAUCGCCUGUGGAAAGCCAUCAUCGUCGCCAACUUUGGCGGAUUCACUCAGCAGUUGGCGCUUGCAGGAGUAAUCUCCGUGUUGAGCUUCGCGCCGCAGAUCGCGCUCCUGGGAAUCCUGAGGUCAUUAGAAGCCCGCGGAACUGAGUCGUGGAAUUCUUACGUCUCUUGGUUUUGGGUAUUUGCACUGGGGUUUUUGAUGGUUAUCACCACUGGUUUUGAACAAUGGCUAUUCUGGAUCAUACAGAGUCGGGUCGGACUCCCCAUAACGGAAGGGCUUGCCGCUGUGACAUUUGCCAAAUCUAUGCGCCGAAAGGACGUAAAGCAGACGAAGAAAUCUCGAGAAACAAAGCAGGCCGAUUCGGAACUUCCAGAGGAGGCGUCUGACCAGGAUUAUGCCAAUAAACAGGCAGCGGCGACAGACGAUGAUGAUGACAGCGAUGAACAGAAAUCUCGCCAGAGCACCGUGAACCUUGUUGCAGUUGACUCCAAGCGUAUCUGGGACUUCUCCACGUACUGGUACAUGAUACCGCAGGCAAUACUCAAGCUGUUAGUUGCUUGUGGCUUCCUUAGCAGGCUGAUCGGUUGGCGCAGUCUCCUUUCAGGACUCGCUGUAACCAUCGUGGUAACUCCCAUCAACAUUAUCGCAUCAAAGAAGUAUACAUCGACACAAACCGAACUCAUGAAAUACCGGGACCAGAAGAUGGCUGUGGUGAACGAGGUCUUGAUGGGCAUACGACAGAUCAAGUUUUCUGCUUUGGAAGCCCAGUGGCAUGCUAAGGUCUCAGCCAUCCGUAACAUCGAGCUGGGGGCACAGUGGACUGCCUUCCUCUGGGACGUGGUGCUUCUUUCUAUCUGGAUUCUCGGCCCGAUUAUGCUAUCCGCGGUCUCCUUGACCGUAUACGCCUGGAUCCAUGGUGGCCUCACGGCAUCGGUCGCUUUCACUGCAAUGGCAUUAUUUGGCGCUCUAGAAUCGUCCUUGGCUGUUUUACCGGAGAUGAUCGCGAACGGUCUUGAGGCCUGGGUCAGUCUCGUCCGUAUCGAAAAGUACCUCGAUUCGCCAGAGAAGAAGAUUACCACAAUUCCAGCGGAUCACGUUGCCUUCGAAGAAGCGGCCAUCGCAUGGCCUACGGAUGAGGAGGUUGACCCUGAAGAUCGUUUUGUACUAAGAAAUGUCAACCUGACUUUCCCAACCAAGGGCUUUAGUGUCAUAGCUGGUAAGACAGGCUCUGGGAAGAGUCUGCUCCUUGCUUCGAUUCUGGGAGAAUGCGAUAUCCUAGAAGGCGCUAUUAAAGUUCCAGUACCUCCAGCUCUUGAGGACCGAUUUGAUGACCGUGCUACACCUGCCAAUUGGAUCAUUGAUUCUGCAAUUGCGUAUGUGGCUCAGAUCCCUUGGAUCGAGAAUGCGAGUAUCAAAGACAACAUUCUCUUCGGAUUGCCCUACGAUGCGCGACGCUACAAAAGAGUGCUAUUUGCCUGUGCCCUGGAAAAGGACCUUGAUAUGCUUCCUGACGGUGACAUGACCGAUAUCGGUGCCAAUGGAAUUAAUCUCAGCGGUGGUCAGCGAUGGCGAAUUUCGUUUGCAAGGGCAUUGUACUCCAGGGCGGGAAUUCUGGUAAUGGAUGACCUUUUCAGCGCUUUGGAUGCUCACACAGGUCGACACUUGUACGAACAUGCCGUUACAGGUGAGCUAGGUACCGGGCGCACCAGGAUCCUUGUAACUCACCAUGUUGGGCUAUGCCUUCCUCGCACCGACUAUCUUGUUUUUCUCGAAGAUGGAACAGUCAAACAAGCUGGCACUGUGAGCGACCUGAGAGAGUCAGAUAACUUUACCGAUAUCUUAUCUCAUGAACAUGAAGAAGAAACAAUCGAGGAAGUGGCAGAGGAUAACGGCGAUAUCCUGGACGCGGAGGAAUCCACACUGCAAAAAGUCAUCUCGAACAGAUCACAAAGAAGGGAUUCCAUCACUGCGAAUGGAGAUAGUGACUCGAAGCGACCAACACCAAGGAAGUUCGUUGAGGAUGAGAAACGAGAAACAGGAUCUAUCAAGCUUGAGGUGUACAAGGCGUAUUUCAAGACCGCUGGCCGUAUACCCUUCUGGGUAUUUGUCGUACUUCUAUACGUCAGCUAUGUCGUGUUGAUCAUCGGACGGUCUUGGUGGGUCAAUAUCUGGACGAGCUCCUCCUCUACAAAAUCCCGCCAACAGGGCUAUCUUUCGGUCGCGCAGUCACAACCGGAACAACACCUUCUAACGGCCUACCAGGCAGCCGAAGGGGUUACCUUAGCAGGCACUGAUGACGAUCUCUUAUUUUACCUGGGCAUCUACGUAGGCUUGUCCGUACUAAUAUGCAUUGUCGGGUCACUACGUUAUUAUUUCAUUCUGGGCGCAGGGAUUCGAGCAUCUAGGAACCUCUUCCAGGACCUCGCUUACGCUGUUCUCCGUGCACCGCUCCGAUGGCUUGAUACUGUCCCUGUUGGCCGUAUACUCAAUCGCUUUACCGCUGACUUCCACAUGAUUGAUUCCAGACUGGGCUACGACAUCGGCCUCACAGCAUACCGGGUGCUUGAUGUCCUUGGUGUUAUUGUUGCUGGCGUCCUAGUCUCACCGUUUGUAAUGCUCUUCGCUGCUUUACUUCUUGGAGUUUGUCUCCGAUAUGCAUUCAUGUACUUGGCGGGAGCGAGAGAAGUAAAGCGACUGGAGAGCAACGCUAAGAGUCCUAUUUACGAACAAUUUGGCUCCGCUCUUAUCGGUCUUGGGACUAUCCGUGCAUUUGGCAAAACCUCGACGUAUCUCGAACGGAUGUAUGCAAAAAUUGAUGCCCAUUGUCAGGCUUGGUGGUAUCUAUGGCUAUUCAAUCGAUGGCUAAGCUGGCGUAUGAACAUGGUUGGUGCACUGUUUGCGACAGUCACGGCGGCCUUGGUGGUAUCGAUCCCAAGCAUAAGUGCUUCUCUGGCAGGCUUCGCACUCAGUUUCGCGCUACAAUACACGGUCUCCAUUUCUAUGGCACUUCGGAUGUAUUCCAACCUCGAGCUCGACAUGAAUGCUGUUGAAAGAGUCACUGAAUACUCCAAUAUUACCAUCGAGGACCAGGGAGGAGACGAUGCCCCUGCCGCAUGGCCGACAGAAGGUCGUGUCGAAGUUGAGGACCUUGUCGUUGGCUAUGCCCCCGAUCUCCCACCUGUUCUGAAGGGGCUCAGUUUCACCGUCGAGACAAAUCAGAGAGUGGGAGUCGUCGGGCGUACAGGCGCCGGAAAGUCAUCUCUCACGCUGGCUUUAUUCCGCUUCCUGGAAGCACGCGAAGGUCACAUCUACAUCGAUGGCCUUGACGUAUCGAAAAUCAAACUGCAUGACUUGCGGAGCAGACUAGCCAUUAUCCCACAAGAUCCCGUUCUUUUCUCGGGUACAAUCAGGACUAAUCUUGACCCGUUCAGCCAAUAUGGUGACGGUGAGCUAUAUGAUGCUCUGGAGCGUGUCCAUCUGAUUUCUAGAAACGAAGACGGAACUAUAAUUUCGUCCACCAACAGCCCCGGUCAUACAGGAGGCACUACUACGCCAGUGGGAACUGGCCCAUCAUCAACGACCGGAAAAAACGCCAAUAUAUUCGCUUCACUGUCCUCUCCUAUCUCCGAGGGAGGCCUGAAUCUGUCCCAAGGACAACGCCAGCUUCUCUGUCUUGCUCGAGCCAUCGUAUCUCGCCCCAAGGUCAUGGUCCUUGACGAGGCCACCUCUGCCGUCGAUAUGUCGACGGACGCGUUGAUCCAACAAUCCAUUCGUUCAGAAUUUGGCCGCAAUUCUACGAGUCUCCUCGUCAUUGCUCACCGUUUGAGCACAAUCGUCGACUUCGACCGCAUCCUAGUCAUGGAUGCCGGCAAGGCGGUUGAAUUCGGUAGUCCGCGAGAGCUGAUGGAGAUUGAAGGUGGUGUAUUCAGGAGUCUGGUGGAGGACUCUGGGGAGAGACGUGUCUUGGAGGGUAUUAUCUUUGGCGAGCAGAGCACAGAGCAGAAUGCAGAGGAGGAGGAGGAGGACGCAGAGUAGAUGUCACCACGCGGGCUUGGGGAUUGUUGAUAUUACUACAGAAAGUGCAGAAACCAAAAAAAAAAAAAAAAAAAAAAAAAUGGGAGGGGCAAAAUGAUUGGCGAUGUGGGAGUUCAUAUAAUUUAUGUAAUUACUUUACGAAUAUAGGUCAGGAUAUAGAUGCAACGGUCUCGGGAUGUCGAACCCCUUUCCUUGACUAUUAUAUUGAGAAUGAGAAUAUGAAGGUUUGAAAAUUUCCUG